CCUUGCGCAUGCGCAAACUAAGGCCGAAGCCGAGGGAGGAGGAAGAGGGCGGGGGGUCGCUCCUCGGCCGCGAUGCCCAAGUACUACGAAGAGAAGGAGCAGGGCGGACGCGCGUGCUCGGGGGUGCGCGAGGACUUGCGCACGUGCCUGAUCGAGAGCAGCUGCGUCAUCCAGGAAGGGAAAAGCCCAAAACUGUGCUUGAAGGAAGGUCAUUGCAGAGGCUUGCUAGUUUCAUUUUUUGAAUGCAAACGAUCAAUGUUGGAUAACAGAGCAAGAUUCAGAGGAAGGAAAGGAUACUGAAGCUCCUUAUUAUGCAAAACAGCCUGCAUGGGUAAUGUUGGAUGCAUUAGCACCUCUGGAUAACUUGACUGGAAUAAAGAGAUUAUGCUGUUGAUUCCCCACCGCAAUCCCUUUUACUCCUAUGAAUAUUUUCUUUUGUUUAUGCACUAAAUAUUUGAAGCUGCUGUGUAUCAAAAAUAUUAAAAUGAAAAACAAUUCUAUGUGGUGACCAUAUAUUUUUAAAUAAAAUAUGUAUCUCCAUAAUCACUUCUGCAAACAAUUUCAUCUUGAAUGUUACUUUUUCUGGGAAAUUAAAAUUUAAGUUAAUUUUAUAUAUGAAAUAAAAACUUUCAAGAA